ACGGCUGGACAUGUUCUUAGCCUUAGCCUUAGAUGUGCCGCACUAAAGCCCGCGUCGAGCCGCGUGCCCAAGCACUGGAACAAACCCUAACUCCUACCCCCGCAUCCAAGAUGGUUGCCCAACGGCAACGAUCCAGUUCAUGUAGCAGCCGCCGCCACCUCGCCGGCUCUCUCAUGUUCCUCGCGACGACCGCCUUCGCGCUCCUCCUCCCCCGCUCGUCGCCCCUCAGCUAUGGCAUCGUUAUUGACGCCGGCAGCACGGGGAGCCGCGUCCACGUCAUCACCUACCACGCGGGCGCGCUCCUGCAGCUGGAUUGGUCGCGCACGUCGUCACUGAAGGCCACCCCUGGUUUGUCCUCGUUCGCAGCCGACCCAGGCAGCGGGGGCCUGUCGAUCGCCCCGCUAUUGGAGUUCGCAAGGCGGCACGUGCCGCGGGAUAGUUGGGUUCACACCGAGGUGCGACUCAUGGCCACGGCCGGAGUCCGUCUGCUUGAUGUCACGACUGCUGAAGCGAUCAUGGAGUCAUGCAGGGAGCUGCUUCGGGGGUCAGGCUUCCGUUUCCAGGAUCAGUGGGCCACUAUGAUCUCAGGAGCUGAUGAAGGGAUUUAUGCAUGGGUUGCGGCAAAUUAUGCAUUGGGUACUCUCGGUGGUGCUAGACAAGAUACUACUGGGAUAAUUGAGCUUGGUGGGGCUUCUAUUCAGAUAACGUUCGCCACCGAUAAACCUAUGCCUCCGGAGUUCUCCCACGUGUUCAAGUUCGGCGAUAUCACAUAUAACCUGUACAGCCACAGUUUUCUACAUCUUGGUCAGAAUGUAGCAUAUGAAUCACUCCAUGAUUUGCUGAGCACACCCCUUAAAUCAAUGUCCACACAUUUAAUUCAUCAAGCUACAUACAGAGAUCCUUGCACCCCAAGGGGAUUUUCACGCAUGGCGGGACCAGUUAAACUUCCCGCUAGUGUUCUCGAGUCCAAGGCUGACUACAAACAUUUUGCUCAUGCGGUUGGCAACUUCUCUGAGUGUAGAUCUGUGGUGAGAACAUUAUUGCAGAAAGGACAAGAGGAAUGUAUAUAUCAUGAUUGUCGUCUGGGAGCAGCAUUUGUACCAGACCUGGAAGAAAAAUUCUUAGCAACCGAGAAUUUCUACCAUACCUUGAAGUUCUUUGGGCUCCGUUCGAAGUCUUUUCUUUCUGAUUUGAUGCUGGCUGGAGAGCAAUUUUGCCAUGGGGACUGGUCAUCAAACAUUAAAAGGAAGUACCGUUCUUUCAAUAAGGGGGAACUGCUCCUUUUUUGCUUCUCCUCAGUGUAUAUUGUGGCCUUACUGCAUGAUACUCUAAAAGUGCCCAUGGAUCAUAAGAACAUUGAUGUUACAAAUCAAAUUCGGGGUGUGCCAGUUGACUGGGCAUUGGGCGCUUUCAUUGUGCAGAAAAACUAAAUCGGAUAGAGUACGUAGAUCCAUCAGUUUCGUAUCUAAACUACUAUGUAUGACUUUCCUGGGUUGGUGCCACUUAUCUUCAUUAAUACCGUGGUCAUAUUUACGGUGUGCUCCAUCCUGAAGCCGAGAAGAUCUCACCUCAAGACAAUAUAGGACAUGGAGAGAGGCCGGCAGAUGAUAACAAGGGUCAGCCGAUGAGCCUUGCGCCUGGUCGCUGGGAGUUGUUCCUGCGAUGGAGCAGCAGUGAUCGCAUAUGUAAAUAUUCCUGACCUGUCUUUUUACCAGUGGCCAUUGUAUGAUUCCGACAUGCUGCCCUGCUGAACAGGACCGGGUGUAAGCAACCCUUUUGUGAGCAUAGUUGCUUAAUGCGGUCACUGGUGCAUCACGCAUGGGUUGUUGAAAUUCCGACAUGCUGCCCUGCUGAACAGGACUGAGUGUAAGAUCAACGACUUGGGUUUGCUGCAGUACUUGUGAGCAUAGUUGCUUAAUGCUCUAUUUGGUACUCCCUCCGUCCCAAAAUAUAAGAUCAUUUUUUUAUACGAAGAUGGUGUAAAAAAUGAUCUUAUAUUUUUGGACGGAGUGAGUACCAUAUUAUUACUUGUAAUGUAGUUGAAAGUUGUGUGUUGUUGAAAUCUUCGAAAUACGUUGAAUACUCUUGGGUCAUCUCCAAAACAAGACCAAUUUUUCA